AUGGACAGCAGCAUCCCUUCAACGAGCACCAUCCCACCAGUUCCACAUCUGAUCGCCUACGCCAUAGCCGUGAUGCUCAUAGGCGUCUUCAUCGGCGCCCUGGUCAUCCCCCACACGAUCGCCGCCGCCGCAUGUUUCCCAGAGCCCGCAGGCAAGCCGAUGAAUGUCUUCUUCUACCUGUUCGCCGUAAGGGAGUUGUGUCUGGGUGUGGCGUUGUUGGUUUCAUGA